UGCUGAACUUGAGCAGCCAGUCUAGGGCCUAGGCGCAGACGCACUGAGCCCAAGCAGCCGGUGAUGGCGGCAGCGGCUGGGGUGGCUGUGGCGGGUCCGGGCCCAUGAGGCGACGACGGAAGCGGGACGCCUUUUACCCAGCGCUUGACUUCCGAGACAGGGAAGCUGAGGACAUGGCAGGAGUGUUUGACAUAGACCUGGACCAGCCGGAGGACGCGGGCUCUGAGGAUGAGCUGGAGGAGGGGGGUCAGUUAAAUGAAAGCAUGGACCAUGGGGGAGUUGGACCAUAUGAACUUGGCAUGGAACAUUGUGAGAAAUUUGAAAUCUCAGAAACUAGUGUGAACAGAGGGCCAGAAAAAAUCAGACCAGAAUGUUUUGAGCUACUUCGGGUGCUUGGCAAAGGGGGAUAUGGAAAGGUUUUUCAAGUACGAAAAGUAACAGGAGCAAAUACUGGGAAAAUAUUUGCCAUGAAGGUGCUUAAAAAGGCAAUGAUAGUAAGAAAUGCUAAAGAUACAGCUCAUACAAAAGCAGAACGAAAUAUCCUGGAGGAAGUAAAGCAUCCCUUUAUUGUGGAUUUAAUUUAUGCCUUUCAGACUGGUGGAAAACUCUACCUCAUCCUUGAGUAUCUCAGCGGAGGAGAACUAUUUAUGCAGUUAGAGAGAGAAGGAAUAUUUAUGGAAGACACAGCUUGCUUUUACUUGGCAGAAAUCUCCAUGGCUUUGGGGCAUUUACAUCAAAAGGGGAUCAUCUACAGAGAUCUGAAGCCGGAAAAUAUCAUGCUUAAUCACCAAGGUCAUGUGAAACUAACAGACUUUGGAUUAUGCAAAGAAUCUAUUCAUGAUGGAACAGUCACACAUACAUUUUGUGGAACGAUAGAAUACAUGGCACCUGAAAUAUUAAUGAGAAGUGGCCACAACCGUGCUGUGGAUUGGUGGAGUUUGGGAGCAUUAAUGUAUGACAUGCUGACUGGAGCACCCCCAUUCACAGGGGAGAAUAGAAAGAAAACAAUUGACAAAAUCCUCAAAUGUAAACUCAAUUUGCCUCCCUACCUCACACAAGAAGCUAGAGAUCUGCUUAAAAAGCUGCUGAAAAGAAAUGCUGCUUCUCGUCUUGGAGCUGGUCCUGGGGACGCUGGAGAAGUUCAAGCUCAUCCAUUCUUCAGACACAUUAACUGGGAAGAACUGUUAGCUCGGAAGGUGGAGCCCCCCUUUAAACCUUUAUUGCAAUCUGAAGAGGAUGUGAGUCAGUUUGAUUCAAAGUUUACACGCCAGACACCUGUUGACAGCCCAGAUGACUCAACUCUCAGUGAAAGUGCCAAUCAGGUCUUUCUGGGUUUUACGUAUGUGGCUCCAUCUGUACUAGAAAGUGUGAAAGAGAAGUUUUCCUUUGAACCAAAAAUCAGAUCACCUCGAAGAUUUAUUGGCAGCCCACGAACUCCUGUCAGCCCAGUCAAAUUUUCUCCUGGGGAUUUCUGGGGAAGAGGUGCUUCAGCCAACACGGCCAACCCCCAAACGCCUGUGGAAUACCCAAUGGAAUCAAGUGGAAUAGAGCAGAUGGAUGUGACAGUGAGUGGAGAAGCUUCAGCACCACUUCCAAUACGACAGCCAAAUACUGGGCCAUACAAAAAACAAGCUUUCCCUAUGAUCUCCAAACGGCCAGAACACCUGCGUAUGAAUCUAUGACAGCAGUGCUUUUAAUGAAUUUAAGGCAAGAAAUGGUGUGGGGAAGGGGAUAUGUGAGCAUCCCAAAAAAUGAAAUACGAAGACUCAAAAAAUGUCAGUCUUGAAGAGUCAGUUUCAUUACAUAGAAUACUUUGGACAGAGGAAAAACAAGGAUUUUUUAAAAAAAAUCAAUCAAUGGUGCAAAAAAAAAAAAGGAAAAACUUAAGUAAAAUAGUAUUGCGGAACUCUUAGGCUCGUCAGUUAAUUGAUUCCUAGCGACAUCUUCUCAACCGUAUCAAGGAUUUUCAUGUUGAUUGUUCAAAACUGACAGUAUUAAGGAUAGGAUGUUGCUUCUGAAUCACUGUUGAGUUUUGAUUGUGUCGAAGAAGGGUUAUCCUUUCAUUAGGCAAAGUAUGAAAUUGCCUGUAAUACUUGCAACUAAGGACAAAUUAGCAUGCAAGCUUGGUCAACUUUUUCAGCAACAUGGAAUCAAAGACAAAAGAAACUUAUUUGAUGUUUUACGUGCAAAUAACCUGGAUUUUUUUUAUAUAAAUAUAUAUUUUUCAAAUAGAUUUUUGAUUGAGCUCAUUAUGGAAAAUUUCCCAAACUUUAAAAUGCGAAAUUAUUGGUUGGUAUAAAGAAAGCCAGACAACUGUUUCUUCUCUUGGUGAAAUAAUAAAAAUGCAAAUGAUCAUUGUUAACCACAGCUAUGGCUUGUUUGAGGGGUGGGGGUGGACCUGGAGUUUAUUUUCAGUAACCCAGCUGUAAUACCUGUCUGUAAUACUAGGGGGAAAAGGAUCUAUUUAAUCAUUUUUACUUGCAGUACUGCUGUGUGCUAAGCUUAACUGGAAGCCUUGGAAAUGGGCAUACGUUGUAUGUCCUUGGUUUCAUCCUAGUCCUGGGCCUGCAUUGCACUGGAAAAAUACUAUCAUCUGUUUUGUACCAGUAUUUGGUUCAAGAUGCCAAAUGUUUUCAGCCCAUGGCUGAAGAGGAUGAAGAGAGGAUAAAAUGCAUACAGAAGGAGGUGAAGUGAAAGAGGGAGAUCCAGGGGAAGAGGGUGUUGCUAUAGUCCACUCUCGAUGUCUAAUCUCUAUAGCAAACUGGCAAUGUUUUAAGUUUUACUUUUUUACUAUUUUUGCUGUCUACUUUCCUUAUUAUUUUUUAAUAGUUUUAAAGGGAAAAAAAAGUACACUUUUUUUUUUUUCCUUUACUGGGGCUACAUUUUCUGACUGUAAAAAUAUUUGAUGGCCUUUUGAUGAAUGUCUUCCACAGUGAAUGAGAAAACUUAGUGACUUAAUUUAGGAAAUAUGUUAACAAGACACUAUGUUUUUGAAAUUGUAACAAAAUUUACACAAGUGAUACACAGGUACAAAAGCAUAAAAAAUAAAGGUAACUUUACCUUUCUUAAAUACUUCCUGCCUUAAAUAUAACAUUUCCAUGACUAACUGGUGAAAGGGUUUAAAUCUGCAGAGCUUUAUAAAAAAUAUUUCAGUGCAUACUGGUAUAAUAGAUGAUCAUGCAGUUGCAGUUAAGUCUUAUUAUUGUCUCUUUUUGUUUGUCUUUUAUGUCUUUAGUCUGAGUAUGCAAAGUCGAUUUGUAAUGCUUUGCAAUCCUAUGAUUUAAAAAAAAAAAAAAAAAGAUGCUGCUUAUUGUGUUUUUCCAAGCCUCUUUGAGCCAUAGGAUCCAAGCCAUAAAAUUCUUGAUGUAUGUUGAAUUAAGUCAGAAAAGAGCAAAGCUUUACCUAUCUAAAUGACAAUUCAAAUGAGAUGAGUUGAAAUCCUAUGACAUAAAGCAAAAGUAGAACCAUCAAAAAAAUGAUUGGUAUUAUGACUUUGUGGCAAUAAAUGAAAGAUUUGACCAGAGUUCAUAUUUGGACAGAAAGCCCUUUUUAUUUUUUACUUUCAUUUUGUAGAUCGUUCUGUUUUGAACCUCCUCCCUUAUUGCAGCAGCUUAUUGCAAACUUAUGUAGCUAGUAAAUUAGAAGCUACAAUAAUAAGGGCAGAAACUGUACUUAAAGUUUAAAUCUUUGUUCUAUAAUUUAAUGUUUAAAAAAACAGACCCCUCCAAAAAAAUGAUGGUGGUUUAUAUAGAUGCUAUUUCAGACUGUAAAUUGCAUAUGCUACUCUUGUACUUGUUUUCUUAUGUGUUUAUUAACUGUAGUCUUCCCUGCCUGGCCAAAUUCCGGUGAAAUUACUGCACCAAAAUAUUUUUCCUUGAUUUCAUUUGCUAGUAACAUUUGCACUGUGAUUGGCUGGCUAUAACAACACCAUAGUUAAAACCAUUUUCAUAAUUAGUACUGCCAGAAAUAGUGGCAAGCAUUGCAACUUUUCUGCAUAAAAAGCAUUAAUUGCACACCUUCCAUCCACACAAAUACACAGUUUUUCAAACUUACCAGUAAGUGAAAUUAAUUUCCUGUACUGUGAUGAGUUCAUUGAGAAGUUGUGUUUUAUAUAUGGAUAUCUCUAUUAUGACUGUGAAAAUGCGUCAAGUGCCACUUCAGUGUCACAGACAGAAAGCACACACCUAUGCAAUAUGGCUUACCCUAUAUUUAUUUGUAAAAAUCCAAGAGUAGUUUAAAAUAUAUGAUGUCAAUAUUACUAGUUUUGAGUUUUUAAGAGGGUUCUUUGAUUAUUCCAGGUAAGUGUAUAAAAGAGAUUAAGUGCUUUUCUUUCAUCACUUGAUUAUUUUCUUUAAAAUCAAGCUAUUAUAGGAUAUUUUUUUACUUUAUACAUGGUUUUUUAAUUAAAAUAUAAUCAUGAGAACUAAAGUUUACUAAUUUUGAUUUUAUAAGGUUUGUAGCAUUACAGAAUAAACUGGGAUUUAUAAACCAGCUGUGAUUAACAAUGUAAAGUAUUAAUUAUUGAACUUGAACCAGAUUUUUAGGAAAAUUGUUAUUUCUCCCCCCCUUAUGAUCUUUAAUUAUUUGAAUCCUAUAAAAAUUUUUUUUCAUACUAUUUUUGGAAAGAUAAUUGGGGGGAGGGUGCAUGUAUGAUACUCCAUAAAUUCAACAUUCUUUAAUAUAGACAAUACAUUAUUAUUGCUAAGCUGCAUCUUCAAUAGUGUUAAUAUACUGAGCCUUGGAUUUUAUAUUUAAUAUAGGACAUAACUAUUUUGGUUACCUAGAUAUAUGGUUCCUAGCUUACAAGGGCUAGACCUAAGAUUAUUACCAUGAUAAUGUUGAAUUUAUGAAGAAUGGAUUUUGUGGAUUUGAAAAUGGUUAAUUUCUCAAAAAACAUCCAUGUCCAAACAUCUACCUUUUUUUCAUAGGAGUAGACACUAGCAAGCUGGACAGACUAAUCAUAAAAAGUAUUUGACACACAUGACCUGUGGUUUGUUGCUGAUUGAUUCUUAUUUGAUUCUUAAUUUACCACUAUACCACAAAUAUCUCAGUGGAUUAUCUGAAGUAAUAUUUGAAAGAUGGGUUCAUCUGUGUUUUUGUUUGCUCUUUCAACUAUUAUUUUUCUCCUUUUCCAAUUUGGCUUUGCAUCUAUCAGAUUAAAUAAAUUCUUCAGCUGCCUUAUUAGGAGUAUUAUGAGGGUAACACCUUUUCUGCUUUUCAUCUGUAUUUAGUUUGCUGUAUUAUUUGAUUUUGGAUUGAAUGAAUGUAAAUAGAAAUUAAAUGCAAAAUUGUAUGAACAUAAAAUAGAAGUGAUUUUUUAUUACCUAAGAUAGGAAGAAAUAAGUUAGCAUUCAUAUGAGGUAUGCAAAUGGUUUCAGUAAGUUUUUUUCACUAACAUAUCAGAUGUGUUCAGGUUCUUAUAUUUAAUAAACUGUAUAUGAGGAA